GGCAUCCGCACGCCCUCUUUGUCCGCGACCGCGACAUCAUAGUGUUUCCGUAUUUUGAUAAGAUUUAUUUUAGAUGAUUGUUAGGUCUAUACAACCCCGUAGAAGUAGUGUUAAUGUUUGGUAUUGUGGAUUGAUUUUGUAACCGUGUUAUAUUUUUGUAAAACUUAAUAUCAGUUACGGACCAAACAUGAAUAUUCAUUCCAUACAAUUUUAGAAGAAAUAAUUAAAUUGAAAAACAUAGUGAAGACUGAAAAGGGAACAACGGGAAAGAUUGAAAUGUAGAUAUGAAGAGAUAUGGACGUUGCCGAUAAAGGAAGUGUUCGUCAAAAUAUUUUAUAGUUUAUUCAAAAUAUUGGAAGUGAACAUUAAUAAUCCCAGAUAAUUAAAUAAACUAGUGAUUUAGACAUUUAUCAAAAAUAUCACGUAGAGAUUUAUUAGAAGAUUUUUUUGUGAAACUGAAAACAAUCUAAGUGACUAGAGAGACUAAGUAAACUGAGCAUAUCUAUUUGAACUAAUUUAGUCAAUUCAUUUUUUUUAGCUAAAAACUUCAUAGACUUUUCGUCGAAAAAAUUAAAUAAUUGUUCGUUCGAGUUGACUUUGGUUUGAGAAAUUGAACGUUGUGUCCAAUUAUACAAAGAAUCUGAAAAUAACUCAGUGCAAUAAUAUAACUUGAAAAAAAAAAUCCUUUGAAUAUUCUGUAAUGUUUAAAGUAAUAACGUAGAGAAGAAACUGUAUUUAAAAUUAUUCAAAGUGAGUAGAUUAAUAUAGUGCUAAAUUAUUAUGAAGAUUUUGAAAAAAGUGAGUAACUUUAAUGGAAGACUCAAACGCAUCUGAUUGUCCAUUGGGCUUCACAACUUUAGAGUUAUAUAACUUUGAACUUUGGACGUAAGUAUUAAGGAUCAAAAUGAAUGUUCCGGUGAGAGGUGGUCCGGCACCGACCGUGGCUGUAGUGCCAGUACCUGAGAGUGAGAUGGACGCACUGCUGCUCGGCAGGACUGCGGUGAGGACCUUUGAUCAGUACGUGCGAAAUGAACUGGCCGCAACGACACCUACGCAAAGGAACUGGCGUGGGAUUCUCAUCGCGUUGCUGGUGAUCGCAGCAGUAUUAGGGCUCAUCGUGUUCAGCAUAGCCUUGCUAACUCCGGCUGGUGAUGAUGGGAGAGGACGGGGGAAAAGACCAACUCUUGAAGACGUGUUAACUGAUCAUUAUAAGCCUUUUAAUGGGACCUGGCUAACAGACGAGGAACUGGUGUUCAGAGACAGAUGGGGAGGCCUGACGCUGUUCAACGUAAAGAAUUUCACGACAAGACUGCUCAUGAAUAACUCCACCUUCAGAGAACUAAAUGCGGUGGACUUCAAAGUAUCAGCAGAUCUAAAGUUCGUUCUUCUCAUAUCAGACGUCCGGCCUGGCUGGAGGCACGCGCGCCUUGCGCGGUAUCACGUCUAUGAUGUAAUUACUAGGAAUAAAAUCCCGAUAUCCCCAGUAGAAGAAGACAGAUCAGCACCGCUGUUGCAGUACGCGGAGUGGGCGCCCACCGGUUCCGGCCUCGUGUUCGUCUAUGACAACGAUAUUUACUACAAACCAAAAGUUCUCAAGACACUUGUUUGCAGGAUCACAAGCAAUGGAGUCCCUGGAGUAAUCUUCAACGGCGUGCCAGAUUUUCUCUAUGAGACGGAAGUUCUCAGACUAGAUCGAGCUUUAUGGUUCAGUCCAGAUGGGCAGACGCUAAUGUACGUGACUUACAACGACACUCAGGUCCAACAGCACAAGUAUCCGUGGUACGGGUUGGACCAGCAAGAACCGCCCGCUUAUCCCACAAUACGGACGUUACGGUACCCGAAGGUAAAUACAAACAACCCCGUGGCGACAUUAUACGUCGUAAGCAUCAAGACUCCAAAAUUCCUCUUCCCUCAUGCGAUACAGUUCAAUUCACCAAUAGAUAGCAGUUGGUAUGUUCGAUGGAGUAGCUGGAUAUCAGAACGUCAAAUUGCAGUUCUUCUGCUCAACCGUCCUCAGAAUGUCUCCAUCAUAAGCAUCUGCAACGCUACACAAUACAACUGCCAAGACAUUUAUCGAGAUGAAUCCGACGGGUCGCGAUGGUCAGGUCUAGGCUCAGAUCCAGUAGAGGAGGACUGUGGUUGGUGUGGUGGAGGCGCUCUCGUCGGAGGACGAAGUGGCAUCUUUACCACAGCACCCAUCACAGACCAGGGCGGGAUAUGGAGACAUGCCGUCCACUUGACUCAGGAUACCAGAACCACGAUCACACAAGGCAAUUUCGAGAUCACGCAAUUAGUUGGAUGGGACGAAAGAAGACGACUUUUAUACAUAAUCGGAACAGCACCAGAAAAAGCAGGGGAAAGGCAUGUGUACCGAGUGUUAGUACCAGUAGAUGGUUGGCCACCACCACCAUCAUGCCUGACGUGUCCUGGAUCCAUCCCGGAUACCACUAUAGAACCCAGUACAGAGGAACCGGAAUACGACAACUCAUCAUCUUCCCUCCCAGCGUGGCCGACGUCGACAGUGCUGCCGCACGUCGCUGACGAGAACGAUUCCCUUCCCACAGUCUGUCUUUACAACAGGGUCAUAUUUAGCAAAAACUUCUCUUAUUUUGUACAGGAGUGCUUAGGCCCCGGUCCACCAGCCACAUUCCUUUGCACGGCAGGCGGGGUGCGGCGCGCAGUGCUAUGGGACGGGCAGCCACUGCGACAAACCUUCGCAGCUCUUGCCUCACCGCAGUCCAAAGUGUUCAGAGUUGAGGUUCAGGCGCAUCGGGAAGCCCGCGUACGUCUAUUACUACCGCCCGGCCUGCGAGAGACUGACGACUUACCACUGCCAUUAGUAUUACACGUAUCAGCAGAGCCGGGCGGGCAGUUGGUGACUGAACGAUGGCGACCUGACUGGGGCUGGUAUUUGGCAACUACGAGAAAUUUCAUCGUCGCUGAAAUUGACGCUAGAGGCUCCGGUGGACAGGGUGAAGAACUGAGAACUGAAAUUUAUCAGAGAUUACUAUCGACAGACGUUGAAGACCAGAUCGCAGUUCUAUCAUAUCUUCGGGAUAACCUCAAAAUGGUGGACGGAUCGCGGAUAGGUGCGUGGGGCCACGGCUACGGCGCAGGCGCGGCGCUGGCGCUGGCCGCGGGCGACGCGCGUAACCUCACGCGCUGCCUGGCUCUCUUAGCGCCGCUUGCUGAUUUGCGACAUCAUAAUUCGUACUGGACGGAGCGGUACUACGGCUGGGGCAGCGGCGCGGGCGCCGGGCUGGCCGUGUGGCGCCGCGCGGGCAACCUGCCGCCGCGCCGCCUGCUGCUCGCGCACGCCACUGCCGACCUGCGCGCGCCGCCGCCGCACGCCCUCGCGCUCGCGCGGGCGCUGAUACGCGCACAGGCCUUGUACACGCACCAGGUUUAUCCAGACGAAGGCCACAAAUUCGAGCGUUCCAACCUGCACGUGCACAAAACUAUGGAGCAGUUCUUCGACGAGUGCUUCGGUCCUGUCGAGCUCGCGGACUGGGACGCGGGGGGGAUGGGCGGGCUGUUCCCCUUCCGCGACUAGUGGCAGGCCGACGGGUAGAGACACCCAGGAGAUUUAAGAGGAUGAGCGGUCAUCUGAUUUUAUUGAUGAACUUUACCCCUAAUCAUCUAGCCACGACUUUUAACCAGUGUGAGCGGCGCGGCACGCGAAUCAGUUGGCGUCAUGAACAAAGAGGCGGUGAUUUGUCGAUGUAUUUGGUGGUGCGAAGUGAGGCGCUACAGCGAGGUUGUCUGCGGAGGACUAGAGGUUGCUUUACGAUUGAUUUGUCAGUUUCGCGAUCUGAACAGUACUUGCGGUUGCCGCAGGCAUUUCCUUUCCAAUGUCACCCAGAAAUCUUUUUACCAAAAGCCAACUAGGUAAAAACAUGGGCAAGAACAGUGUCGCCCACGAUCAACGCCAGCUCAAACAGUGGCAGCGCGUACUUGACUUUCUUCAUACAAUUGUUUCUCGCUGCACCGCGUUUGCUACCGCUUAUACCUAACGUAAAAGUCGUGGGCAAGCCGUAGAUUGAAUUGGGUACGUUAAAUUCGAAUUAAUGUCAGAAAUCGUGGCACAUCACGAUUAAUAUGGCGGUUUUUAACGCCAAAACGAGAGUAGGCCUCUGGUACUAAACAAUUUAAUGAGGGUUAUUUCUCGCUCUCUUGAACCAUGGGCAUUAAGUUGGAAUCGUGCCUCUGUUUUGAUGACCGAACGACAGUUAGCCCAACUUUGCCACUUGGUAAAUAAGUACUCAACGACACCCGUCGACAAGAGUUAAUUUUCGCUCUCUAGUUGUUUGAAUGUUAAUUAAUAUCCAACUAAUAAUGGCAUCAUAAUUAAAUAAAAACUAACGCUCUGGCACUGCUAACUGACAGUUGGCCCAAUUUAUUCAAUUAAAUAAUUUCAACAAGGGCAUACAAGGGUUCAUAGUAUCGAUAGUUAAUAGCUCACUAGUUUGAAUGUUAUAACAUCAGGGGCUAUUAAUUUUUUAAUUAAACGCCUUUUUCACAACUUUUGAAGAUCCAAUAAAAUUGGAUAGAUUAUUAUCUAAUCAUAAAGUAUGCCUAAUGAAAUACUUAACAUUCCUUAAAUCAAAGCUUAAUCAUACGAGUGUAAUACCCCAAUCUAUAUUAAGUACAUAAGUAUUUACAUACAAAUGAUUCCGUUUCAUACUUUAUACCUAAGUAUACCUAAAAUAUUAACAUCGAUGUAGGCACAAGAUCUAACCCUUUGCCGGUCAACAACAAAACGAUAUUUUAUUUAUUUUCCUUUAUUUAAACCACACUGGAUAAAACAACCAAAAUGGAAAUGUACUUAGGUAACGUUUCGCACCAAGCAACAUUUAACAAAAAAGUAAAUAAUAUAUUCUAUAGAAUUAUUAUAAAAUGGUAGAGUAAUAUAUGAAAAGUCAUAAUGGUGCAUUUUAAAAUGAGUUCUAAUGAAGAACUCUAUAUUUAAGCCUAAAUACAUAUUUACUAGGUAGAUGGAUUUAGAAAGGUGAAAGAUGAUAUUAAAAUAACUUUUUAAAAACCUCGAUGUAUUAUUAGAAUGUUAAGUAUAUUUGGAAAAUAGCAUGUGAACAAUUUUCGACUCCAUAGACAAUAACAAAUUUCAUUUUAGUUUCCUUAGUUUUGUUAGGUACAAUCUUUUAGACACCUACUACCUAUUAAGCAAAGAUAUUAUAAAAAUUAAAACUCCAGAUAGGCAAAGCUGGAUACAACUAAUAAUUUGAAAAUUGAAGACAAAUCCGUACUCAUACGCGACUGACACAGACUACAUCCAACUCUAGAAGAUAUUGGCGCAAGCUUUACGCACAUAAUGGACACCUGUGGGCGUGCUUCAAAAAAUGGCGAAAGUCAACCUGGAUUGCUUAGUAGAUGAAUAAAAUUAUUUAGUGGAUGAAAGUAGUAUUUUUUGUAAGUGAUUUUGUUAUCAAUAAAGAUGUUUAAAUAAACAAAAUAAAUAAAUGAUAUUGCUCUUAUUCUAAAUAGGUACUACCUAUAAAAUAUAAAUAUACUCAAUUCAAUGUUAAUCCAAUUUCAUUCUGUAUACAAAUGAAAUUCUUAUUUUUAGAUAGACACUAAAAUCUUGAAUAAAAUAGGUACUUCAUUACUAUUCCUUCUUAGAAUACUUAAUACUCGAUGUUAUAGAAAUCUUAUCAAGCUCUAAUAAGUAUAUUCUGUUAAGUUUUUGAACUAAAUUGUUCACAUCCUAUUUCCGGGGUCAUAACUCCGGUGAAAUUUUCUUAUGAUUAUUAUAAGGAAUAAAAAUCUAUAUUUUAGUGUACCUAAAUGUAUCAACAACCACCUAAACAUCUUUAUCUAUACUUAUAUUUCUAUGUCGCUUUCAAUGUCAUCGUAAAAGAGAUUACUUAGCUUUAACAUGUAUUUAGAAAUGUUGUCUAAAACCCAAGUGUUAAAUAUUAAUAAAUCAAAAGAAUAUUUCCAUAUACAUCCAUACAUUUCGUAAUUAUUUAAAAGAAUCUCCACUGAAUGUUUCUAGGGUAAAUAUUUAAAGAUGAACAACUAAUUUUUAACAAUAUACUUACGUGGCUUAAA